CCAUGGUGGGGAAGAUGCGGCCUGUGCUGGGGAUUCUCUGUGCAGUCUGGGUGACUGUCAAUGCCAUCUCUGUGGAAACCCCGCCGGACGCCCUCCGGGCUGCCCGGGGAGGAAGCGUUACUCUUCCGUGCACCUACCACACUUCUGCCCCUGACCGGAAUGGGUUUAUUGAAUGGAACAAACUUCUACGGAGUCACACGGAAAAGGUGCUGAUCUGGACAUUUUUGGCCAAAACCCCCGUCUACGGUGAACUUUAUAAGAACCGCGUCAAGGUCUCUGGCAAUGCUGAGCACUCAGACGCAUCCAUCACUAUUGAUCAGCUGGCCAUGGAGGACAACGGCACCUAUGAAUGCUCAGUCUCACUGAUAUCAGACCUGGAAGGCACCACAAAGUCACGUGUCCAGCUCUUAGUCCUUGUCCCGCCCUCCAAACCAGACUGCGGCAUCGAGGGAGAGACCGUGAUUGGGAACAACAUUCAGUUGACCUGCCAAUCAAAGGAGGGCUCUCCUGCCCCUCAGUACAGUUGGGAGAGCUACGACAUCCUAAAUCGGAAGCGGCCGGCCCCGCCAGUCACAGGCCAGACGCUCUCUCUGAAGAACAUCUCCGCAGACAUGUCGGGUUAUUACAUCUGCACCUCCAGCAAUGAGGUGGGGACGGUGUCCUGUAACAUCACUGUGGCUGUCAGACCUCCCUCCAUGAACGUGGCCUUGUAUGCGGGCAUCGCGGGGGGCCUGGCUGCAGCCGUCACCAUCAUCGGCAUCAUCGUCUACUGCUGCUGCUGCAGGGACAAGGCUGAGAACACAAAGCCAAAAUGGGGGGUUGAUUCUUCGGAUGGCUGGUCCUGCGGCAGCAGCACCGGUGACUGGGGGAGGCUGCGGGACUAG